GAAGAAAAAAGGCUUCUAUGUUACACUUAAUUAGCUUAUAUAUAUGCAUUUCUAGACAUCUACACAAAGACACUCUACACUGCUUCUCUCUAUUUCCUUUCAGAACUAAUCCAUUGAGCCUUUCUUCCCUCAGCUCGAUCGAACUAGCUUAAGCAAUGAUGGGGAAAUCUUCACCAUUUGAGGACGAGAAUGGACUCAAGAAAGGACCAUGGACCCCAGAAGAAGAUAAAAAGCUGAUUGAUUACAUUCAGAAUCAUGGACAUGGAAGUUGGAGAGCACUUCCAAAGCUUGCUGGGUUGAAUAGGUGUGGAAAGAGUUGCAGGCUUAGAUGGACUAAUUAUCUCAGGCCUGAUAUAAAGAGAGGAAAGUUCUCUGAAGAAGAAGAGCAGAUUAUCAUCAACCUCCAUGCGGUUCUUGGAAACAAGUGGUCUGCAAUAGCACAGAAUCUGCCAGGGAGAACUGAUAACGAAAUCAAGAACUUCUGGAACACUCACCUGAAGAAAAAGCUUCUCCAAAUGGGAAUUGACCCAGUCACUCAUAGGCCAAGAACCGACCUCAAUCUCCUUUCAAACCUGCCACAAUUGCUUGCUGCUGCUAAUUUUAACAAUCUGAUGAAUAAUAUUCCUUGGGAUAAUGGUCUCAGGCCACUGCAGAAUAAUAGUACAGAUCCCACACACCUAGCCAAACUCCAGCUGUUGAACAAUAUCAUCCUGCAAGUCCUAAGCAGCAGCCCAUUUCCAAAUAUGGAAGCUGCAGCAACGAAUCUUCUUGGAUCAAGUACCAUUUACGAAUACCUCAGAAUGAACUCUCAACUUGAAGGACUACUUAGCAGCAGUGGCCAAGCUUCAGGUUAUUCUCUUUCUCCACAGGAUAUCACUCGUUUUCUACCCAAUUUCCCAAAUUUAGAAGCCCAUCAGCCACCAUUAAGUGAUGAGUACCAUCCCUUGAAGGACUCUAAAAUUGGCUCCAAUAAUAAUGGCCAACUGGUUUGUGAUUCAUAUGGUGCCUCAACCUCAAACCCACUACUUCCACCAUUGGUUUCCGCCUCACCUGAUGAUCACUGCCCAACAAUGAACCGAAAAGAAAGCUGCAGCAGGAUGAACCCAAAUGAUAUUUCUAACCCUUCUUCCACUUCAACCACCUUUGAAGCUUGGGGGGAUCUUAUGGAUGAUGAGGCAAGUGACACUUACUGGAGAGAGAUAAUUGACCAAGCAUCCUCUCAGCCAUGGCCAAUGUCAGAGUAGAAUCUGGAUUAAGUAUAGUCUAGCAGUUAUAGAGACGUGUACAAUCUGUUGUUCUGAUCUUUCGAUCGAGGUUUUCUUUUUCCAUUUCAGUGUGAAUUAAACAUAUAUAAAAUUAAUAUACAAACAUGAUGACAUGUAAUUGUGUGUAAAGAACAGCACAAAAAAAAUAGUAUUCAUGUAAAAUUUUUAAAGUUUAAUUUCUUCUCUGUAUCAAUUCCCUUUUUUUUUUUUUUUUUCUUUAAUAAGCAUGUACCCAUUCCUUUGCAAUUGAAUUAUUAAUUUUUCAGCUUCUUCA